UUUCUCUCUCAUUAUUUUGAUUACAUUUUGAAAAAUUGGGAAAAUUUUAAUUACAUUUAAUUGUUAAAUUAAUUUACUCUCUUUGAUAAUUUUAUUUGGUAAAAGAAUUUCGGUAGAAAGGGUUUUGAACUGUUCAAUUAAGUUGCUAAGUUUGGGUUCCAAGUUAAAAAUCGUUUGUUUUUGUUUCUGUGUUUGUGAUUAUAAUUUUUUGGAAAAAAAAUCUUUCAAUUUAAAGUGAUAAUUUAUUUCAGUUUGAUGGCUCUAAUUAAGAGAGAUGAUAAUUUAUCAUUGAAAUCUUGUUCGUCUUCAUCUUCAAGUAAAAGGAAGCAAAUAGUUCUGGAGGAAGAUGAGUUCAUUGAUGCUCUCGAUAAAAUUAUUGAGAGAGAUUUUUUUCCAGUUUUGAGUAAAAUGAAACAACAAUUGAAAUCAUUUGGUGGUCCAUUGGAUGGAGUUCAUAUAGCUGGUGAUUUAACUGGAUUAAUAUCACAAACACCGACGACUUUUGAUACUCCUACAAUUGGAAUCUCUUAUGAAGCCGAUAGAAGCAAGGAGAUGACAAUGGAAACAAAUGAACCACUGAAAAAGAUCAAAACCAAUUUAUCUUUGAAUGCUUUUCUAGCCAAAUAUACAAGUGAAGAUAAUGCCUCAUUCGAUGAAAUCAUGAAAGAAGCUGAAAAAAGACACCGAGAUAAAUAUCCAUGGUUAUAUGUUAAAGGGAAUGAUAAAAGUUUAACAAUCGGUGAAAAUCAAUCCAUGAUUGAAGGUGAUAAUCCACAGAAUCAGUUAACUGUUCAUUAUAAAAGCCUCAACUCUUUAAUGUUUGUACCCGAUGGAUUGAAGAUAGAAGAUCAAAUUAACUCUACCAAACAUACAACAAUUUGCCAUGAAAAUACUCGUUUCAAAAGUAAUCCAUUUAAUGAACAGCUUAAUGGAGCUGUUUUAGCUGAAGCAGCGGCAGCUAAUUGUAAAGAAAGAUCAGGAAAAAUUGGUAUUGAUGGUAAAGAAAUGGUCGAUGAUGUAUCGAGAGUCGGAGGCUAUUCUUACCUGUCAUUAACACCAUCACCGGCACCAGGAGUUACAAAUACUCCGCUAAUGACCUGGGGUAUGAUUGAAGGAACACCAUAUAGUUUAGAGUCAAGUGAAUCUCCUUAUAUUGGAAGUUCAAAUACACCAGGAACACCUCAUUUUAAGAUACCCGAUGUACCUGAAAGAGAGAGGAUUGGACAUGCAUUGGCUGAGAAGAUUAAUAAAAAAAAUCGAGAUAAAAAGAAAGAGGCUUUUAAACAAGCUCAAUAUUUGAAAAAUAGUCCACUUAUUUAUAGCGGAGGUAAAACGUUCACUGAAAGCUUGGGAUCCAUGUCACCGGCAGCUCAAAGAUUGGCAACCACAAAGUUAGGAAUCAAUAGACACGCUGAUAAAGAGCUUCGAGGCACCUAUUCACCGGCCAUUACACGUACACCUGAGGGUCAAUUAAGAAGUCCAUUAACACCUUCACCAUCGUCUUAUUGUAAACCUUCAACACCAAAACCACCAAAAAGUUCAUCUUUAACCGAUGGUCUAUUAGAUAUACCAAGGAAAUCGAGAUGAUGUUAAUUUUUCUCUUUGUUAAUCGCUUUUAUAUAACAAUGAAUGUUCCGUUGUAAUGGUGAGUAAAUUGUCUCCCUGUAAAUUUGUAAACUUUCCGGAAUUUGAUUAUUUUCUUUUAAAAUUUAAAAUCUCCAUUAAACAAACUUCCGAUAAACUUUUAAGAUGAUCGGUUAAUUUGA